UGCCUCCUUGUCCCUCCCGCCCGCACACACCCACCGUCUUCCCAGGCGUCCCAGCACCCUCCUUCCUAAUCUUGGGAGACAUCUCGUCUGGCUGAGCGGGAAAAUUCCAGGAUCUAGGCCACACUUCUCAGCAGGCAUGCCCAUCCUUGGCGAGGGAGAGAGCCUGAGGAAGUUCUGGGGGGCGGGGGAUGAUGGGAACAAGGUCAGGCCAGGAAGCCCCUGAGGACAGAGACUGUGGGGAGACUAGGACUGCGCAAAGGAGCUGGAGCUAGGGCCAAAGGAAAAGGGGGGCCAGCAGGGAGGUAUUUGCUGGGGGGAGGUCCAGCAGCUGUCUUUCCUAAGACAGGGCCACAUGGGCCUGGUUAUUCCUCUUGUCACGUGUGGAACGGUAGGAGAUGGAAGGGAGACAGAACAGGCAAAGGAGGGCCUGGGCACAGCGGUCUGUGUGUGUAGCCGUCCAAGCCACUGGACCCCAGCACCUAAGCCAAGGCUUAACCAGUGCACGCGUGCACACGCACACUUGCCCCACAUCUGACAGUCCUCCUGACCCAUCCAAACCCUUUCCCCAUAACACCACCCCGUAACAGGAGAUUUCUCUCUUAUAGGCAAUAUCCUUAUUCCCUCUUGGAAAGUGGGAAUGACAAGACAGGACUCCCUAGGGGGUUACAGAAAGAAAAGCAGAAAAGCAAGUGUCUUAUUGCAUUUCAGCCGCAGGUGUAAUGUCCAGGGAAACGAAAUUUGGAUAGCCAGGAAUUGAAAAGUGCCCCAAUCUAAAACAAGACCUCUGUGCCUCUUCCCCAGUGAUGCAAAUGUCCUGCCAGAUUCCUCCUGGGAAAAAAAAAAAAAAAAAAAAAAACCUCUGCUCCUGUCCCUUUCCAGGUCCCAGGUUGCCCAUCUCCAUCUCCAGGAAAAGAUGGAUCCCCCUAUCCAGAUCUUCUCUGUGGUGUAUGUGGGUGGAGGAGUGGACCCUGGUCCAGGCAGGGGCUCCAGGGAAGAGAAGGCGUCACUUCCGGGGUCCUUCGCCAGUGUCUGGUGGCUCCCUCCUCUGAUUGGGCAGAGGUGGCCCAGGCAGGCCUGUGACCUGCUGCUGUGGAGGGGCUGUACCCCACCGCCACACUUCCUACCCAUCUGCUCCCCAGAGUGUGGCCUACUGUGCACCUGGGUCCUUGAGCCCCGCUCCACCUGGAUAGAGUCCUCUUCCUCGGCCCACCUUUGCCCCACCCUACUCUGCCCAGAAGUGUAAGAGUCCAAGCCGCCUCCAUGGCCCCAGGAAGGAUUUGGGGGAGAGGCCCCAAACAGGGAGCCAUGCCAGCCAUACACCCUGGCCAGAAUGGAGCUGACUGAACUGCUCCUUGUGACCAUGCUUCUCCUAACUGCAAGGCUAACUCUGUCCAGCCCGGCUCCUCCCGCCUGUGACCCCCGAGUCCUCAGUAAACUGCUUCGUGACUCCCAUGUCCUUCACAGCAGACUGAGCCAGUGCCCAGACGUUAGCCCUUUGCCCACACCUGUCCUGCUGCCUACUGUGGACUUUAGCUUGGGAGAGUGGAAAACCCAGACAGAGCAGACCAAGGCACAGGACAUUCUGGGAGCUGUGACCCUCCUGCUGGAGGGCGUGAUGGCAGCACGGAGACAACUGGGACCCACUUGCCUCUCAUCCCUCCUGGGGCAGCUUUCUGGACAAGUCCGUCUCCUCCUUGGGGCCCUCCAGGGCCUCCUUGGAACCCAGCUUCCUCCACAGGGAAGGACCACAGCUAACAAGGAUCCCAAUGACAUCUUCCUGAGCUUCCAACACCUACUCCGAGGAAAGGACUUCUGGAUUGUUGGAGACAAACUUCACUGCCUCGGCCAGAACUACUGGCUCUGGGCUCCUGAAGCAGCAGCUGGGAUUCAGAGCCAGGAUUCCUGGUCUCCUGAACCAAACCUCCUCCCUGGACCACAACCCCAGGUACCUGAACAGGACACACCAGCUCUUGAAUGGAACUCGUGGACUCUUUCCUGGACCCUCACGCAGGACCCUAGGAGCCCUGGACCUGUCCCCAGGAACAUCAGACACAGGCUCCCUGCCACCCAACCUCCAGCCUAGAUAUUCUCCUUCCCCAACCCAUCCCGCUACUGGGCAGCACACAUUCUUCCCUCUUUCACCCACCUUGCCCACCCCUGCCAUCCAGCUCCACCCCCUGCCUUCCUGACCCUUCUGCUCCUACGCCCACCCCUAUCAGCCCUGUUCUAAACACAUUCCACACCCACUCCCAGAAUCUG